AUGAGUACUCCAUUUGGUUUAGAUUUAGGUAACAACAACAGUGUUUUGGCUGUGGCCAGAAACAGAGGUAUCGACAUUGUUGUCAACGAGGUGUCGAACCGUGCCACACCUUCGCUGGUGGGAUUCGGCCAGAAGAACAGAUUUUUGGGUGAAGCUGGUAAGAACAAGCAGACUUCCAACAUCAAAAACACCGUAGAGAGCUUGAAACGUAUUGUCGGGUUGAACUACGACGAUGCUGAUUUCGACAUUGAAAACAAGUACUUUAGUUCCAAAUUGGUUAAGAUGGAAAACGGCAAGAUCGGUGCUCAAGUCAGACUUGCUGGCGAGCAAGUUGUAUUUUCCGCUACCCAGCUGGUGGCUAUGUUCAUCAACAAGGUCAAGAACACGGUCAUUGAUGAAACCAAGGGUAACAUCACUGACGUGGCCAUCGCCGUCCCAGCCUGGUACUCGGAGGAACAGCGCUAUGCCGUUGCCGAUGCCGCCAGAAUUGCCGGUCUCAACCCCGUGAGAGUUGUGAACGACGUUACUGCCGCUGCUGUCACUUACGGUGUCUUCAAGAGCGAAAUGCCAGAAGGCGAACAAAAGCCAAGAAUUGUGGCUUUCGUGGACAUCGGUCACUCUACCUACACCUGUAGCAUUGGUGCUUUCAAGAGAGGUGAGAUGAAGAUUUUGGGUACCGCUUACGACAAACAUUUCGGUGGUAGAGACUUUGACCGCGCCAUCACCGAGCAUUUGGCCGAUGAGUUCAAGACUAAAUACAAGAUCGACAUUAGAACCAACCCCAAGGCUUACAACAGAGUCAUCACUGGUGCCGAAAGAUUGAAGAAAGUGCUAUCAGCUAACACUUCUGCUCCCUUCUCGGUCGAGUCUGUUAUGGACGAUGUGGACGUUGCUUCUCAAAUGACUCGUGAAGAACUGGAAAACUUGGUGAAGCCUUUGUUGGAACGUGUCACUGAGCCAGUCACCAGAGCUCUUGCUCAAGCCCAACUGAAGACCGAAGAUGUCGACUUUGUCGAAAUCAUCGGUGGUACCACCCGUAUUCCAGUUUUGAAGAAUGCCAUCUCUGAAGCUUUCGGCAAGCCAUUGUCCACAACUUUGAACCAAGAUGAAGCUAUCGCUAAGGGUGCUGCUUUCAUUUGCGCUAUUCACUCUCCAACCAUGAGGGUGCGCCCAUUCAAGUUCGAGGACGUUCAUGCUUACUCCGUUUCCUACUCUUGGGACAAGCAAGAAGAAGAUGAGGAUCAUCUGGAAGUUUUCACCGCUGGUUCUCAGUUCCCAUCUACCAAGUUGAUCACUCUACACCGUACUGGCGACUUCACCAUGGAAGCCAAGUACACCCAUCCCGAGCAAUUGCCUACUGGUGUCGCUUCUCACAUUGCCAAAUGGGAGAUCUCCGGCGUCAAAGUUCCAACUGGCCAAACUUCUGUGCCUGUUAAGCUCAAGUUGAGAGUCGACCCAUCUGGUUUGCAUAUAAUCGAGAGUGCUCAUUCCGUGGAGGACAUCGAGGUUGAAGAAGAAGUUCCUCGUGCUGCCGAUGCCCCAGAGGACGCCGAACCUGAGUACAGAAAGGUUACCAAGACCGUCAAGAAGGAUGACCUACAGAUUGUUGGUCACACUUUUGCUUUGACGGAAACCGAGUUGAACGAAUUGAUCGAAAAGGAAAACGAACUUUUUGCCCAAGACAAGCUCGUUGGUGAAACCGAAGAUCGCAAAAACGCUUUGGAAGAAUACAUCUACACGUUGCGUGGUAAGCUAGAUGAAGAAUAUGCCAGCUUUGCCUCCGACGACGAGAAGACCAAACUAAGAGAUAUGCUGGCGAAGGCUGAAGAUUGGCUAUAUGAAGACGGUUUUGACUCUACCAAGGCCAGGUACAUUGCCAAAUACGAAGAGUUGGCUUCUUUGGGUAACAUGAUCAGAGGCAGAUACCUUGCUAAGGAGGAAGAAAAGAGACAAGCCUUAAGAUCAAAGCAGGAAGCCGAAAAGAUGGCUGAAAUGGCUGAAAAGAUGGCUGCUCAAAGAAAGGCAGAAGCAGAAAAGCAAAAUGAGAAGCAAGAAGAAGUCAAGCCUGACGCUGAGGGUGAUAUCGAUUUGGAUUGA